UAAUAGCAUGAUUGUGUAGGUAGCCUAGCCUAUACUACUUUUGAUUCAUGGCAACUUUAAGGCUCUACAACAAUCUCUUGGUCCUUUCUCUAUUCGUCUUUUGUCUAUUUGCUACCACAGCAAAUGCAGUUUCUGAUUGGCAUACACAAAACUGGUUGAACCACGGUGGGGAUUUGCGUAACAGAAGAUUCGCCAAAUACGAGACCAAGAUCAGCCCCGAAACCGUUUCCAAACUACGCUUCAAGUGGGAGUUCAAGGCAGGCCUGGACAUAACUGUAACUCCAGCAAUUUACAGUGGUACCCUUUAUUUUCCUAGUUGGAACGGACGCCUCUAUGCCGUCAAAGCUUCCGAUGGGUCUUUGGUUUGGAAAAAGAAUUUGGGAACAUUAACCGGGCUUAAUGCAACUGGAUUUAUUACCCCUAACUGGAUCUUGUCCAGAUCAACGCCAACAAUCGCCGGUGAUAAUGAUGAGCUUUUGAUUGUUGGAAUCUAUGGCCCUUCCGUUCUUAUUGCCCUGGAACGCUCAACGGGGAAUCUUGUGUGGUCAGUCCGGCUAGAUAGCCACGCCGGAGGUGCUAUAACCAUGUCCCCAACUUACUACAAAGGGAGCAUAUACAUUGGAACGACGUCGGUAGAAGAAGGCUUUCCGCCGGAUCAAUGCUGUACCUUUCGUGGAAGCUUUUCCAAAUUAGACGUCAAAACCGGUGCCGUUUUAUGGAAAACUUACAUGUUGCCGGAUAAUCAGGGAAAACUGGGACAGUAUGCCGGUGCAGCGAUAUGGGGGAGUAGUCCAUCCAUCGACGUUCAUAGAAGGCAUGUAUAUAUUGGUACCGGGAACACGUACUCGGUGCCCGAAAAUAUAAGCCAAUGCCAAGAAAACCAGUUGAAUAAUAAUUCAACCGUACCUACUCAUCCAGAUGCGUGUGUUGAGCCUGGUAAUCAUGGCAACUCAAUCUUAGCUCUUGAUAUGGACACUGGCGAAAUCCAAUGGUAUCGUCAGCUGGGUGGCUACGAUGUAUGGUUUCUAGAGUGUUUCCUUAAUACUUCGGUAUGCCCUAUUGGACCGAACGUGGAUGCUGAUUUUGGGGAAGCACCGAUGAUGCUCAGACCAUAUAUCAAUGGAACCAAGCGAGAUUUAGUUGUUGCUGUUCAGAAAAGUGGGUUUGCUUGGGCUCUUGAUCGGAAUAACGGCGGCCUUGUUUGGUCGACGGAAGCUGGGCCUGGUGGGAUUUUAGGAGGAGGAUCAUGGGGAGCAGCUACGGACAAGAAAAGGGUCUACACCAACAUUAUCAACAAUGAAGGCAAAAACUUCACUCUUAAACCAUCUAACAACGUAACAACUUCCGGUGGAUGGGUAGCAAUGGAUCCUCGGAGUGGAAAGGUCCUAUGGUCAACGGCCAAUCCCAGCAAUGCAUUUUCUGCCGGACCAGUUAGUGUCGCUAACGGAAUCUUAUUUGGCGGAUCCACAAAUGCAAAAGGGACUGUAUACGCAAUGAACACCGAAACCGGUGAAGUUCUAUGGUCGUAUGAAACUGGAGCAACCGUGUAUGGUGGCAUGUCCAUAAGCAACGGGUGCAUUUACGUUGGCAGUGGAUAUAAAUCUGGAUUUGGAGCUACAAUACCGAUGUUUACCGCCGGAACCUCCCUAUUUGCCUUCUGUGUGACAUGAGUUACCUCCAUGUAAAUAAUGUUAUCAAUUUAAGCAUAAUAAGGUAAAUAUGUACGCACUUAACACAAAUCAUAUUUGCAAUACUGAAAACCCAUAGAGGGAGAUGUCA